AUGCUAAUCGCCAGAGAGAACGAGUAUAGGCGCCGUAACAGCCGCAUUCUGCCCUCCCGCUCGUCUUCCAUCAUCAUCACAUUUCUCCUCUUCGACGGGAAAAGAGCGUCGCAUCAGGAUGCCUGCUGCUGUGUUGGUCUCUGCGCCUGCGACGAUCCAGCACCGGCAGCAAAUCAGACGCCGGCAACGUCAGCCUCUUUGCCUCAUUGUGCGUGCUUUUUCACUUUGUCUCACGCCGUCCUUGUCCUGUCCGGCCGCUGCCACAGGCUCAAGCCGACAUGGGGGACGGCAGAUGAGCAGGGUCCAGUGGUGUUGUUUGGCCUGAAAGCGGGGAGCCGAAAACUGGAGGCUUUUCUGCCAGCUCAGCGGUGCAGCUUCCCGUUGGUACCUGCUAGAUGCUGUGCUACUGCACAUAUAGCCAAUCAUCACGCAGCUUGCAGCCAGAUUACAAAUUUCAUUUUCCCUCUCGUUGCGGAUAUUGCUGUUUUAUAG